CCCAGUGCCCUUUAAGCCCCUCCCAGUCGGUCCCAGUUUGUCCCAGUUUGUCCCAGUGCGUGCCCGGCGGGAUGUGGCGCUCGGGGCUGCCCGGGGGGCUCCGCGCGGUUUUCGGGGGGUCCCCGCUGAGCUCGGGGGGGUCCCCGCGGGUCCUGGAGGGGAAAGUGGCGCUGGUGACAGCGGGCACGGACGGGAUCGGGCUGGGCGUGGCCGAGGCGCUGGGCGUGGCCGGGGCUCAGGUGCUGCUCAGCUCCCGCCACGCCCACAACGUCCAGAGAGCCGUGGAGCAGCUCAGGGGGCGGGGCCUGCAGGUGAGCGGCGUCACCUGUCACGUGGGACGGGCCGAGGACCGCGAGAGGAUGGUGCAGGCGGCCCUGGACACGUUCGGCGCCAUCGACAUCCUGGUCUCCAACGCCGCCGUCAAUCCUCACCUGGGCCCCGCCCUCGAGGCCGACGAGCGCGUCUGGGAGAAGGUGUUCCAGGUGAACGUGACGGCGGCGGCCAUGUUGGUGCGGCUGGUGGUGCCGCACAUGGAGAGGCGCGGGGGCGGGGCCAUCGUGGUGAUGUCAUCGAUCGCCGGCUACCAGCCAAUGGCGGGGCUGGGCCCGUACAGCGUCAGCAAGACGGCGCUGCUGGGGCUGGUGGCGGCGCUGAGCCCGGAGCUGCUCCCGCGCCGCGUCCGCAUCAACGGCGUCGCGCCGGGGCUCGUCCGCACCCGCUUCAGCGCCGCCGACAAGGCCACGCGGGAACGGGCACUGGCAGCACUGGGAGCCGAGCGGCUGGGCUCCCCGCAGGACGUGGCGCAGGCCGUGCUGUUCCUCGUGUCCCCCCAGGCCGCCUUCGUGGCCGGGCAGACCCUGCUGGUGGCCGGGGGGGCGCGGCCCCGCCUCUGACCACGCCCACCUCGCCAGCAUGCAGAUUUAUGCAAAUCAGGCGCAAAAUAAAAUCGGUUUCGUCAAUGCGAA